AUGAUUCUGUACUUGGUGGCGGCCGUUGUUGCCAUAGCGGUUCUUAUCAGCUUUUAUCAGAAGAAUACAAAUUCGGUAUGCAAAUCGAAAAGGCGCCUGGAUGGCAUAACUGCCCUCGUCACGGGCGGCACGGACGGCAUGGGCCUCCAGAUAGCCAUCGAAUUUGCCAAGAGGGGCGCCAGGGUCAUCGUCGCCUGUCCGUUUCCCAAAGAAGGGGCUGAAGCCCUGAAGAUCAUUGUCGAAGAGAGCGGCAACAAGAAUGUCGAGUUCAAACACCUCGAUCUUGCUUGUUUGAAAUCAGUGAACUACUUCGGACAGUUCCUGCUGACCAUUCUGCUGCUACCGCUUUUAAUGAAGACCGGAACGCAACAGGAACCGAGUAGGAUAGUGAACACAGGAUCGAUCUUACAUCACGUAGGACAUAUCGACGUUCACAACUUGAACGGAAUAUCGGCAACAAACAAAUGGCUGCUAGCUCAAGUAUACGCCAACAGCAAAAUAGCUUUACUGUCAUUCAACUUCGAGCUAGCCAGGAGGCUGAGGGCUACUAACGUGGUGGUGAAUGCAGUUGACCCUGGACUUGUGGGAACGAACAUCUACUAUGGAGUCAACUCAUUAGUUGGAAUCGUGGCAAAGUUCUGCUUUCGUAACAUGUACAAGACCCCAUUAGAAGGCGCGCAGACUGCUAUCCACGUGGCUCUGGACGAGGGGGCUGGAAAGUUGAGCGGAGGGUACUUCUCCAACUGUAACGUGAACGUAGCUAACCGGCGUGCUUAUGACGAGGAGACUGCACAACUACUGUGGACGGAAUCCGCCAGGCUGGUGAGCCUGACCGACGAUGAAAUCAAACAUUUCAUGAAUGGAACUCUUUUGGAG